AUGGUAGUAAAUUGCUCCGGCAGCAAGCGCCCCCAAUGUUCUGAGGCCACAUCUGACUGGAUGGCCAAGAAUGGAACCGCUGCGGUAGUUUCAUCUACAAAGAUACGAAAUCGAAUUCUUGAAAAGAAGAUUCAAAAAUUCCGGUUUUACAUCAAGUGCAACAUUUGUUCGUCUGAGAAUACAUUCAAGACUGAUCCCAAGAACAGCGAUUACGUUGUUGACUUUGGUGCAAAGCAGUAUUUCGAGCCAUGGCAGACGGAGGAGGAGACUGAAGAGAUGGGUGGUGCGCUUAAGGAGUUGGAGAAAAAAGGCAAACGAGAAUUGCACGCUGAUGAGGAGGAGAAGAGAAAGAAGUUGUAUGAGGAUGAUGAUGAAGAUGAAGCACUUAUUAGGUCUGUGUUCAGGGGAGGAGGAUUAAGAGAUCAAGAAGCCUAUGGUUUUGUGAGAAGGUGA